AUGGCCGGCGCGCGGCCGCGCAGCGUGGGCGCCUCUGGGCGGCCCAGGACUGCCCCCACGGGCGGCGUCGCCGCCAGGGCUCCCGUGCCAGGGCGGGCGGAUGCAGCGAGCGCCAGCUUCGUGGGUUUCGAGAGGUUCGUGGCCCAGCGACCGGAGGUCUUCGCGCUGCUGGUGCAGCUGCUUAUCCCCCUCGCGACGGAGGGAGCGCGGCUGAUGUCAGAGGAGAUGCAGGUCGCGGCCAAGUGUUUGCCGCACCGCACCGCCGAGAUGCGCAUGGGCGUGAUGAAGAAGGCGCAGAAGCGGCAGCGGGGCUGCUUGGACGAGCUGCACAGGACGUUCACGCUCCAGCACCAGCACCUGCUCAAGUCGCGGGCCCAGAUCCGGUCCAGGUCCGUCUGCCUCGGGCUCUCCGGCGGAGCGGGCCCCUGA